CGCAAUAUGCGAUUUUGACAAUAAAAAUCCUCUCUUUCUAUGGGGACGCUGCUUCCAAUGAGUCAGCCAUGAAAAUGAAAAUGAAAAUCUCAGCUCUUUUUCUCACACUCUUCGUUCUUCUCUGCGCAAUAGCAGUGACAGUUCAUUCUCAUUCCCACUCUUCAUCAGAGACGAAUUUCAAGAAGAAACAGAAGGGCGAGCAAUGCAAAGCUUGGCUGGUUCAAUCCAUUCCGACCGACAUGCCGCUACUCCCUCGCGUCGCCGGCGUUCUGUCCUCCGCUGAUGUGCUUCAGUGGUUAGCGGGAAAUUCUUCAAAGAGUCUUGAUAUAAUUGCUCAAUAUUGGCAAUUGAUAGCCAGCCCUUCUGAUCCUCUCUCUGGCGAUUACGGAUACUCAAAGGAUGACAUGCAGAGAUUUGGUGCUAAUGAUGGGUUGAAAGUUUACAGAGCAAUAGAAGAUGCUGCUAAUCGCAACAUUGCAAUCAGAUUUUUACAGCACUCGGGGGUAUUUCCUGAUUACACUAAAGAACCAUCUGCCCUUGCUUCGGGAAGGCCAAAUGUAAAGAAUGUCACCUUGCUGCUUAGUGAUUGGUGGGAGUCUGGCAUAGUCCAUGCUAAAGUUUGGAUAUCAGACAGCCGAGAUGUUUAUAUUGGAUCCACAAACAAUGACUGGAAAUCUCUCACUCAGGUAAAGGAACUAGGCGUGUAUCUUGUUGGUUGUUCAAAAAUAGCAAAGAAGGUUGAGGUCUACUAUAACAACCUGUGGAAACUUGCUCAUCUCAAUGCUUCGGCUUAUACCAAAUUCAUUUGGGAUCAGCAGUGGCAGAUUAAUCGUCUGGUUCCUUGUUGGUCACACUUUCUACAUCCUAAGGAAAGAUGCAAUUCACCUCUUCCUAAAUAUGUGGAUAUUGCUCAUGUAUCUGGCUAUCCAGAGCUCUCGGACCCUUAUAUGUUUCACAUACCGAUUGAGACACCUGGAUGUAAUUCUUCAGUUUUGCAACCUGAGCACAGCUAUCUUUCCUUUGCUCCACCAGAGCUCUUGUUUGACAAAUACCAGACAGAUGAACAGGCUUGGGUGGAUACAAUAAAAUCUGUAGGUAAUGGUGCAACUGUUAGAAUUAGUACCAUGGACUGGCUUGGUCAGUCUGGUUACACGAAACAACCAGUGUACUGGCCUUCCCUUUCAACCGCUAUUUCAGAGGUUGUUUUCUCCAAGCAUGCAAAGGUUAAAUUACUGGUUGCAUACUGGGCGCAUAACAUCAACAACACGGAUCAGUAUCUCAAGUCCUUGCUUUACUCGAACGCCCUAUGUUCUUCCUCGGAGGAAAACAACUGUACGGGUAAAGUUGAGAUCAAAUAUUACAUGGUUCCCGGAUUCAACCUCACUGGACCUGCAAUCAGCAAUGGCACUGUCACCGGCAACAAGUACCCUGGCUACACCCGAGUAAAUCAUGGCAAAUACGCAGUUAGUGAUGUACGUGCCCACAUAGGAACGAGUAACCUACUAUGGGAUUACUUCUAUGCGGAUUCAGGCGUCAGCUUUGGGACGUACAAUACCGCCAUUGUUUCACAGCUCCAGGAGAUCUUUGAUGCUGAUUGGAAUUCGUCAUAUGCAGUGCCAGUUCAGCCACUGCAGGAUGGUCAUUCAUAUUCAAGCAUAUAGCGAAGGAAAUUCACUGGUUUGGCAGUCUUUAUCUAUGUCUAACUCUUUUACUUUUGUUUAUUCAAUUGAAUUAAAUUGAGAGUUGCAUCAAAUAAAAAGGGUUGGCUUGAAUUUGGACAUAGAAGAGUUUUAACUUGAGCCAAAAAGCCUUGAUUGCGAUGAAGCAAUUUUACUCAUGCCAAGUAGUUUUGAACAUGAACAUGAACAUGAGUUGCUUGAGAAAGAUUGCAUGAGAAAUGUUUCCUCUACUUGUAUCAUCUCCCUUCAUAUGUCCCAGUGUCAAAUUACAUGUUUUUACAUACUGUGC